AUGUCAAGACUCCUUGUAACACUCAUACGAUCGCGUCAUGGUAUAGUUCAGCAGCCACGCAUAGGCUGUGUACGGUUGAUGGCAACACGUCGAUGGGCAACUGGAUCCACGGACAUCAAGUCCAAUAUGAUUCAGUUUCUUUAUCAACAUAAACAACGACCUCUUCCUACUACUGAAAAGAAUGUCGUCCUGACCAACUGUCCUCAUUGUGUCAGAGUACGCAAAAACAGUUUUGCAGCAUAUUUGGAUACUGAAAAAGGCACUUAUAAAUGCACCACUUGCCAUACCAAAGGAUCCUUUUCUGAAUUCUCUCGAACGCUGAUAAAAAAACUAGGUUCUCAUGAAAUUGAUUCGAUUGGAUCAAUUCAUGACACGAAACAAGGCUUGACACGAUCCGAUGCUGAUAUUCAACGCUAUGUUCAGUCACUCAAGGAAAACACCAGCUUAUUAGCACAAGUAGAAGCCAAUCAUGGUAUUUCAAGUGAUACAUUGGAGGCAUUUGGUGUAGGCACCAUUCAGAAAGACGAUCGACAGUACUUGACAUUGCCUCAGACAACCUUGAGUUUCACCGACAACCAGUUCAAGCUAGAUACAGUAGGACUUAAGCUAUGUGACAUGGACAACCAGAUUGUUGAAGCAGAUCCUCCAGUAUCUCAUAAAGACAGUGUGGAAGGGCUCUUUGGUUAUCAGACAGCUAGCUUAGAAUCAGAGAGUAUCAUCUUGACGCGUCGAGAAAUGGAUGCCAUGGCUGCUUAUCAAGCUACUCAGAUUCCUUCUGUCUCUAUUCCUUCAGCUAAUUAUCAACUUCAGGAAUCAGUCCUUCCCUUAUUGGAUCGAUUUAAGCGAGUGUAUCUCUGGUUAGACGAUGAUGUUGAAGGACAAAUGGCUGCUGAACGAUUUGCUCGGAAGAUAGGUGACCACAAAUGCUUUGUGAUCAAUACACGCCAAGGAGAUAAACAAGGUCCUUUGAAUGCUCAUGAUGCUCUUAUGCAACAUAAAGACCUAAAGGAUAUACUAACAAAAGCAAAAGAAUUUAAACAUGAUCAAAUUGUGGAUUUCAAUGAAUUAAGAGAAGAUAUCUAUAAUGAAGUACUUCACCCUGAACAAACUCGCGGCAUUCAAUCCAAAGAUCUGCCUUCUUUAAAUCAAAUUCUCAAGGGACAUCGACCAGGAGAAUUGACUAUCUUGACAGGUCCUACUGGCUCAGGCAAGACAACCAUUAUGAGCCAACUUAGUCUAGACUAUUGUAAAUCAGGCGUACCUACUUUAUGGGGGUCUUUUGAGAUCUUGAACAAACGACUUGCCAAGAAGAUGUUGUAUCAAUUUGCAGAAAAAGAUCUUAGCAAGAGUCCUGAAGAUUUUGAUCAAGUGGCUGAUCAAUUUGAACAGCUACCACUCUAUUUCCUCAAGUUCUUUAGUAGUACAGCUAUCAAAGAUGUACUAAAAGCAUGUCACCAUGCUGUCUAUGCUUAUGAUAUUCGACACAUUAUUCUCGAUAAUCUACAGUUCAUGCUGUCUCAACAAGCCACGCAUUCACUCGAUAAAUGGGAACUUCAAGACCAUGCUAUUGCUGAAAUUAGACGAUUUGCUACACAACAAGAUGUCCAUAUCACACUUGUUGUUCACCCACGAAAAGACAGUGGUGGACAAGAAGAAUUAGAUAUUCAUUCUAUCUUUGGCAGUGCUAAAGUGAGUCAAGAAGCAGAUAAUGUCGUGAUUAUCCAAAAGACAAGACACGACAAGCGAUAUUUAGAUAUCAAAAAGAAUCGUUUUGAUGGUACAUUAGGCUCUAUACCUUAUAUAUUUGAUAAAGAUACAUACAAGAAGUUCCAGAAGAACCAAGAAUGA